UUUUUUUUUUUACGUCGCGUUACUUUUUCACUUUGCAAAUAAAAACCCAGGUCAGUAUCCAAUGCUAGACUUCAUGCUUGCGAUUCAAUCAACUUGGCCAACUUUUCUCCCACAUUGACCUACAUGAAAAUAUACGCUCUACGUCUAGCUUCUAAAUGAAGUAAUAUCAUAAAUCAUAUUUGGUCUUUAAGCCUAGGUGUUACUAUACCACCUAUUUCCCCAGGCGACCAGAACCAGAGCCUUCAUACUUCAUCCAUACCUUAGGUACCUAGGUAUGCGGUGUAGUUUUCUAUUUCUCAAAUAGUUAUUGGGUUACUAUAGACAAGUGAGUGGUGCAUGGCGCAAAAGUGGCAGCAAAAUGGCACCUCGACAAAGAGCCAGACAAAUUACGAUGGAUGGCGCCCGAAUCGCUAUUGAAAGCAGCAACGGCGCCACCCGUUCUUCCGGUUUGGAUGAUUUAAUUCACAUAUUCAAGGAACAAACGAAAGCCUCCAACUUUUCAAUAUUAGAUGAUAAGAGCUAUCAUAUAACCUUCGAGGCCAUCUUUCGGUGUGCCCUAGCUGAAAAGCAAGCUUACUAUAGUCAUAAGAGCACCGCUGCUAGCAGACUUACCAAGUGCGCGGAAGCCCUGCGCCUUGGUGUCGAGUUAGGGGCAGGCAAGGUAAAACGAAAGACCGUCCUUGCUGUGAUCGACCACAUCACUCAAACGCUGCCACAUUCUGAAGAUGACUUAGUCCCGCCACUGGUACAGGACUACAUUAAAGCCUUAGCUGCUCUCCUAAGCCAUGCCGCUAAUGUCGAGCUCCUUGCUGCCGGGGGUGGUGAAGGCUGGUUCACAUGUGUAGACUUCACUGUUGACGUCUUGACUUUAUAUCUGGCGGCUAAUGAUAGAGACUCGAUUCUUUUACGGGCCUCACCGGCUCCCGGUUCGGGACACUCAACGCCUCUCACAUUCUCAACCCCACGACCUGGAACCUCGUCCCAACGCACUGGCCGACUCUCGCGUAGUCAGCUUCCAGAUCUCUUGCAAUGUCUGCUUUAUCUCUCAUCUACUCCAAAUGCGCCCCUUUUACAGCGUUCAAAGGAGAUGUCGUCCGUUGUGAUCCAGGUUCUCCAACUGCGUCCCCUUGGAAUAAGCCCGUUACAUCAGCUAGCAUUUGCCCUGGUCAACAAGCUGUUUGUGGCCUCCCAAACGGAUGAUUCCGACUACGCGAACUCUCUAGCUUUAGAUUGCCUACCGCUGGUAAGUCAAUGGUGGCAAACGAAAUCCGCAUCUGCGCAUGAUGCGCUCCUAAAUGGCGUCCGAGUAGAAAUGCUGAAGCUUCUAUAUAAUAUCCACCUUCAACUUGAGUUCUUAAUCAAGCAAGGUGAUAAGCCUUCGCUCCUGGGCGGCAUCGAAUCCCUCGCGGAGUUGUUAUGGAGUGAAUACUCUAGACGAGAAGAACGCGCUCAGCUUCAACAAGACGACCUGACAUACUCCAUACCUCAUAACAGUACAACGUUUCAGGUGCAGUCCUUCUCCUUACGGCUGUUCAAUAUCGAUGGUGAGAAGAACUGGGCAGUUGUGCAUAUUCUCGCGCUCCUUGAACGGCUGUUGUGGAGAGCAUCUGAGCAAUCUCAAACAACGUUAGCUGAUGAUGAACAACCACGGAAGAAACGACGAACAGCCUCAGGCUUUAGUCGACUUCGCCAGAAACUAAGUUCCACUGAUCAUUCAAUACAGUAUACUGCCUUGCAGAUCACCCCUUUUUUUGUGUCAGAUCUCAAGGUUAACAUUGAUGAGAUGUCGGAGCUUUUGUCCUUCUUAACGAGCCAAAUUACCAGUAAGAAUAGCAAAGUGUCCACAUGGGCUAUGAUUGCUUGCACAAGUCUCACUCCCCAAGUCAGUGCCACCGACAAUACUCUAUCCGUGCUUUGGAAGCAAAUAUGGCAAAUUGCAGUACGCUCUGUCACUAUGACUACAAAUUGUCGAGCCUCUAGUAUAUUACUCCACUCCAUCAUAACUCACGAUCUAGUACCGUAUCGCGAUAUUGCCGACGAUAUCAACAGCAUGAUCAUGACUGCCGAUGUAAACGGCCCAGCUGCUGUAGUGGAUUCUUCGCUCGUACUUAUGACAACGCUUCUUCACCUCCGAAACUUCCAACUCCCGAGCGCCAGCUAUACAACCUGCAAUUGCGUGGUUCGUUGGUUAUUUUUCAGAUGGGAUCCUACCGACGCAGCAUAUAUAUCAUCAUACUCGAGCCACGUUAAACCAGUAGAUAUCAUCAAUCUAAUGAGAGCAGCCUACGGCAGUGAAAAAUUGAUUUUGUCACAGCCAUCUCAGACAAUUUCCGGGCAAAUUGGCGAGGCGUUAUGUCUGCUCCAAGACCGCGAGAGCUUGAUUAGAUACCUGCUUCUCUUAGACCCCGACAUUUCUGGAUCCUCAUCUUUACCCAGCCAGCAACUAUCCUUUACGCCAGUCACCCAUCUCGGCGAUACUUCGAAUUCCUACGGUACAAAAAAGCUCGUAGCCGAGCUCUUUUACUCAAAGCUAGAUGAGAUAAAAACCCUAUGCGAGUCCUGGGAUAAACAGAAAGAUAAGUCCAUUCAAAUUACCCCGGAGAAACUGCAAAGCAUUAUCUCCUCCUUGAUUGUCGGCGUUUUUAUCCUUCCGGAAAUAAUAGAGGUAAAUUCGAGGCCGUCACAAGAGGUCCAAAACUCGUUGUUUUUGAUCCUUCAAGCUGCUCUAGCUGGCGUUUCAAACUCAUAUGAGGGUCAAAUACUGUAUGAUUGCCUCCUCACGGCAGUCCGGCCUUAUAUGCCUGCAUUGACAUGCGCGGAAUUGGGUAAGCUAGGAAAAGAAUGGUCAUACCUUCACCGUUUCUUCUUUGAACUGUCCGGUGCUUUUCGCAAAAGAAGCGACAGUCAAUCAUCCAACAAUGAGGACGAUUUCAUGGACCUUGAUGAUAAUUUUGAAUCUAAAGAACGUCGGUCGAAUACGUCGUCAAAGUCACACGAAAUAUCUAGACAUGAGGCUUCGGUUGCUCUGCAAGCCUCAACUUUUUAUUCCGACACCAUUCAACGGUUGCGUCUUUUUGAUAUCUUGUAUGGGGAUCAUGGUCAAAUCGGGCUAAUCCCAGCAUCAUACCUUGAUGACUUCUUGGAGUUGUCUAAUGAAGAACUUAUCUCCUGCCGUUGUUUAACCCGGGAACUGUUCGAUUCUGAUCUUAUAAUAAAUCCAGAUGAUGCCGACAGAGUCAUCAGUAGAAUGGGAGAAUUGAUUGGCAGCGCGACUUUUUCAAGUUGUGAGGUUGCUUUAAAUGUAUGUCUCGAUGUGAUGGAGGGUCUGAUACCCAUCUGGGCUGAUAGCGACGGUGAGAUAUCAUCUCGCGUCGGUGAUUUAUAUCAUUACUUUCUCAAUGCUGGACUCAAGAACAACAUGCUUUCCUCAAGCAUUCAGAUGUCGCUAGUCCGACUACUCCUCCGUCUUAUCCAAGUCAACGAGAAGUAUACAGAAACAAUCAAGAUGGAACCACCGAGCUCAUCGCUGCUUAGCAUCCUAAGCAGUGCAGCAAUACCCGUCAAAUACUACAUAGGGUCUCGUUUGCCAACCUUGUUUGGCAGGUAUACCCUAAAAUCCCACGACGAAGUCUUAGUUGACGUCCUCGAAGUUCUUCCAAGUAAGACCGAUUUCUUCGAGGGUAUAGCCCUACGAUUAUUUGUCCUCGCAGAGCUAGCACGGGAGUGGCCUACCCUACUUCGGCGCGGAAUUUACCAUAUCUUCGAGAUUCCUGGCGAGAUCCCCAGCUCGAAACGGCAUGCAGCACGAUGUCUCGACAACAUAUCUACCUCGCUAAAUCUUGAAAACACGCAACAGCUGUUCGAUCUGUUCGCGCCCCAGCUCCUCUACACUUGGCUCGAAAUAAAAAGUAUCGACGAUAUCCCUUUUAUGAUAUUCGGUUUCUCGACUCUUAAGGAGUUGCUACAACGUGCCCAGUCUGAGAUAGUGGCCUUGAUGGUAAUGCGAGGACAGGACGAAGCAGCCGCAAGAUUAGCUGCAGCCCUUGGUGAUAGCCUAGCACAACUUAUCCAACGUAAUUUCUCAAGAAUCAUUGCUUAUAGCAUGGCUCAUGACAUCAGUAUGCCCAAAGCCGAGCAGCAUCGAAGCGGUGAAAGUCGACUACGCAAAAUCCUCGGCCGAGAAGUAUUUCUUGAGGCUAUCUAUAUUAACUUCGCUGACAUCAUUGGGUUGUUCUUCAGUCUCAUUGACCAAGAAAAUCCAGUUGAAGAGACAUGGGCUAGGGACAAAAGUUUUGCAUACGCUGCCGAGACAAUGGCAGAGAUUAAGAAACGUGGUCACUCUGAAGUCGGCCUGUCCCCAAAUCAGCAACCAAUGUUCCGGGCUAAAUAUCUGACUAGAGAGAUAUCACUGCUGUGCAGUCGAACAGAAUAUGAGAUAUCUGCGCUCUGGACACCCGCACUCGUGGUCAGUGUCGCCAGGAAACUGCUUAAUGGCGUCCAUUCAGCAUUGGGACCCUUACAUACUUGUUCUGUGCUUCGAAAGGUCAGGGUUCUCAUCUGCCUAGCAGGUCAACAUGCCUGGGAAUCGUAUCCUUUAGAGAUGCUUCUGCAAUCUAUACGUCCGCUCAUCGUUGACACAGAAUGCGCAGAUGAUGCUCUUGGUAUAAGCCAAUAUCUCUUAGAGAAAGGUUCUGAAUCAUUGUCGCAAUCACCUUCAUUCCUUGCUGGUUAUGCUCUAUCUGCGCUAGCCUCCCUACGCGUGUUUUUGGAGACCAGCCAGUCCACUACAACACAAGAAAGCCAAUUCAAAGCUACUAUGAAUAAAGCCCAAAAAUUCCACUCAUGGUUUACGAAAUACCUUGAAGACUACGAGUCACCUCUUCUUCAAGACAGUGAGCAUCGUGCUGCUUUCGAUACCAUUACGGGAUGUGCAGCCCACGUCCGAUCGUCAGGGAAUGCAGAGAGAGGCACCCAUGAAAGCAAACUUCUCCUAGAGAUCCUUCAGGACGGAGUACACGGAGCUCAGCUUCUAAAUGAACCCUCCCGAAAAUUGGCACUGGAAAUGCUUUGUAGUAACUUCACAAUUCCCCCAUCUCACGGCCUCGAUGUAAUCAGCUCUGAUGAAGAAGCAUUAACCUGGGCUCCAAUUGUAUGGAAGAGUUGCCAGGCGCAAGGGCUGAGCAACGAGUAUCUGGCCUGGGCAGGCCGAGUCGUCGGUAGAGGAUUUGCUGCGUCCGGUCAUGUGGACCAGGACCUGCUUCGAGAGUCCGAGUUGUCCCAAUACUUCAACGCAUCGGUGGACGCAUCUGGAUCUGAACAAGGCCUCCUCGGCCUCCUACAAUCUUUAACCUCUGAUAGUGAUUGUUACAAGGCAGGACUUGCGGAAUCAGCCUUGCGAACAAUCGUAUCGGAGGCUGCAGCCCAAGGCGACAACAAUUUACUAAUUGCUUGUCAGAAAGUUCUGUCCGAUCACCUGCUCGCAACUUCGGACUGGACGCCGUAUCGAACCCCGCCAUCUGACAAUAUGCCUAUUAGCCUCGCCCACGAAGAUUCUGUCCUUUCUAACGAUGCAUUUGAGAGUACAAAGUGGGCUCAGGGUGUUGCAGUAUACCUCGCACAAUCGUACCCAGAUAACGUUAUUCUCAAUGCUCUACCUCCAAUUCUUACCAGCGUCAAGGGCUUCUCUAAGCAAGCUUUCCCAUACAUAAUCCACCUGGUACUACUAUUUGAACAACAAAGACAGCAGUCCGUUAAACGCAGCUUUUCGAACGCGCUGAAGAAUUGGCUCAAGUUGGAGUCACCAGUAGCGAAAGAAAACAUGAGUCUUUUGGUGAACGCUAUUCUAUAUCUAAGAACGCAACCGCUACCAGGGGAGAAUUCAAUAGCUGAUAGAGGACAAUGGCUUGAUGUCGAUCUUCUUUCGGUGGCCUCGGCCGCUGCAAAAUGUGGCAUGUUUAAAACAGCGUUGUUGUUUGUCGAGAUGAUAUCGACAGAAGGAUCACGAGCGUCGCGUCGCUCAUCUGCUGUCCGGGCCCAGGACUCUACGGACAUCUUAAUGAAUAUCUUCGAGAACAUCGAUGAUCCAGACGCGUAUUAUGGCCUUAGCCAUACUUCAAGUCUCAGUAACGUACUGGCGCGGCUCGAGUACGAAAAGAAUGGUAGCAUGAGUUUAGCAUUCCGCGGAGCACAGUAUGAUAGCCACAUUCGGAGACGAGAUCCGGCCGCCAAUAUUGACAGCCAAUCCCUAGUUGGGACGUUAGGUAAUCUUGGGUUGUCGGGUUUGUCACAUUCCCUACUUCAAACGGAACAGAGCCUAGAUGGCUCAUCUACUAUUGUGGAAAGCACAUUUAACACAGCUAGACGGCUGGAGAUUUGGAAUUUACCAGCGCCGGCGUCUACUGCGAACCCCUCUGUCACUUUGUAUAAAGCCUAUCAGACUUGGCAACAAGCUACCGAGCUAAGUCCUGUAAGGAUCACUACUCAUAGUAGUUUUAGCGAGACCAUGCGAAAUGUAGUCAAAAAGGAUCUUACACCUGCUCGACUACGGCAUCAUCUAAGUACAUUAGCUGUCCUAGCGGAGCUUAAUGAUGUGGUUGAGAUUACCGAUUCAACUGAGCUAGACAGAACCUUGACAACAUUCACAGAUCGUUCUAAUUGGAUGAAGAGCGGACGGUAUGAAGAUAUCAGCCAUAUUCUAUCCUGCAGAGAAACGACAUUGAGUGUACUAGCUCAAACGACUCAGCCCCGUGGUAUAGCAAAGAUAAACCGCCCAGAAGCUACGCUGGCGCAGAUCAAAUCGAUGUUAUUAUCGUCCAGCGUUUAUAGACAUCAUCGAGCUACCCAGGAGUCAUUAAAUAUUGCAACGUCUCUUACGGACUUGGUGACGCCCAGUGCAGAACUUGGAUUACACCUCGAUUCUGUAGCAAAAUUUGAAGCAGCCGAUGCUUUAUGGGACCACGGUGAGAUGACGUCUUCAAUUCAUAUGUUGCAGAGCAUCGACGAGGACCCAAAUCUUAAGAAGCAAACCAUUCCUAUCAGCCGACCGGAUCUACUCGCCAAAACUGGAUACCAAAUAUCGGUGGCAAAACUGGAAAAGCCAGAGACCAUUCAAAAGGAUUAUCUGCAGCCUGCUUUGAAAGAACUGAGAGGUAAGACUGAUAGUCGCGAAGCUGGCAAGGUAUAUCAUCAGUUCGCCAUGUUCUGCGACGAGCAGCUACAGAAUCCGGAUGGGCUCGAGGAUUUAGCUCGCCUGCAACACCUAAGGAAAGGCAAAAGUGAUGAGGUCUCACAGCUCAAAGGACUCAUUUCUAGCACGAGAGACUCGCAAACGAAGUCGAGAUAUAAUAACCAUCUUGCUAAGGCAAGGCAAUGGCUUGACCUGGAUGAGCAGGAAUUACGCCGCGUAGAGCAAAGCCGAACAGAGUUCGUCAGGUUAAGUUUGGAGAACUACCUGCUCUCUCUUGUAUCUUGCGACGACCACAACAAUGAUGCGUUGAGGUUCACAGCCUUAUGGCUUGAGCGGGCGGCAGAAGAAUUUGCCAACCAGGCUGUCAUGAAACACAUCGACAAAGUCGCAACCAGGAAAUUCGCGACGCUAAUGAAUCAACUGACUUCACGUUUACUCGACCAGAAGAGCACAUUUCAAAGUUUGCUUUCUGAGCUCGUAUACCGUAUAUGUGUUGACCACCCCUAUCACGGCAUGUAUCAGAUAUGGUCAGGUACGAGAUCUCGAACCAAUUCGAAAGACGACGUGGCCGUGUCGCGCCAGAAAGCUACGGAAAGAGUCGGCAAGAGACUUGCUCAAACAGAGUCGGUGUCAGCAAAAUGGACUGCCAUUGACAAAACGAGCAAAGCGUACCAUAUGCUCGCAGUAGAACGGGAUUCUUCGCGCUAUAAGGCAGGGCAGAAGGUCCCCGUCAAGGACUCUACUGGUGGUUCUAACCUUGCGAGUGCUUUAACCAAAUGGAAGAUACCGCCGCCCACGAUGCAAAUUGAGCUCUCGGCUAGCAAAGACUACAGUCACAUCCCACAUAUUUCUAAAAUCGAACCAAACAUGUCCAUCGCUUCCGGUGUGAGCGCGCCAAAGAUCAUUACCGUCGUGGGCAGCAACGGAGAACGGUUCAAGCAGCUUGUGAAAGGUGGCAAUGACGAUCUACGCCAGGACGCCAUCAUGGAACAGGUCUUCGCAGCCGUGUCCUCCGUGUUGAAACACCAUCGAUCGACCCAGCAACGUAAUCUUGGGAUUAGAACAUACAAAGUCCUGCCACUAACUGCCGCCUCCGGACUCAUCGAAUUUGUCUCAAACACCAUACCACUCCAUGAAUACCUUAUGCCAGCUCACGAGCGGUAUCAUCCGAAAGAUCUCAAAGGCUCGCAGUGCCGCAAGGAGAUAGCCCAAGUGCAAAACAAAUCAGCCGAUACGCGUGUGGCGACGUACAAAAAGGUCACUGAUCGAUUUCAACCGGUAAUGCGCUACUUCUUCAUGGAACACUUCGCCGAUCCGGACGAUUGGUUCGCCAAGCGCACGGCGUACACCCGAACCACGGCAGCAAUCUCCAUCCUAGGCCAUGUUCUCGGUCUCGGCGAUCGCCACGGCCACAAUAUCCUCCUCGACUCUAAAACCGGCGAGGUGGUUCACAUUGAUCUAGGUGUAGCGUUCGAAAUGGGCCGCGUGUUGCCUGUCCCCGAACUCGUCCCAUUCAGGCUGACGCGAGACAUCGUCGACGGCAUGGGCAUCACCAAGACGGAGGGCGUGUUCCGGCGGUGCUGCGAGUUCACCCUCGACGCGCUGCGCGAGGAAACCUACUCCAUCAUGACGAUCCUCGACGUGCUGCGGUACGAUCCCUUGUACUCGUGGUCUAUCAGCCCUGUUCGCAUGGCCAAGCUGCAGGACACGAGGCGCGACGAGGAGGUCGAGGGGGCCGACGCAGAUAUCGGCUCGAAGAAGAAGGCCGCCGCCACCGUGGGCGUCGUCAACGAGCCUAGCGAGGCAGACCGCGCGCUCGAGGUCGUGCGUAAGAAGCUUAGCAAGACGCUUAGCGUGACAGCUACCGUCAACGACCUGAUCAACCAAGCAACCGACGAGAGAAACUUGGCAUUUUUGUAUUCUGGAUGGGCCGCUUACGCUUGAACGCGUAUAAAAUACGAUAUUUGAUACCCACGUAGAUAUCAUCGUUCUGCUUGCUCUAUUUGGAUACCUAUGAAUUAGCCUUGUAUUGAUAUCAAGCGAGGUAUAUUCUCUUUAUUCUCCUCUUUCUGAGCGGUAUCUCUCAUUGGCCCAAGAUUCGGUAAAUAAGUCGGUAGAUACUGUAUUAGAUCUAGUUUAACUCGUGGACAUCCCACGCACGCAGGACCAAUUCCAUUUUCGUGGAGGCUUUGUUCUCGCCUCGGCUCACGUGUCAGGAUCUACGUUUGUGCCCCUCUCCGCCUCCCCUUCCCUCCUCUUCCCCCCCUUUG